ACAGAGGGCUCGGAGGAAGGCGGAAGGAGCCCAGGGGGACGAAGCUGCCUUGCUUGAGCUGCAGCCUAAGUGAAGCGAGCGGCGUGGGAGUGGAGCCGCGGGCCCAGAGCAGCCAUGGGGUCGGGGCUGCUCUUGCAAUUCUGCAACUGGAGCACGCUAGUGGUGUGCAUGGUCAUCAAGUUCCCUCAGAUCUUCGCCUUGCUUUCCGCUAAGAGUUCGCGGGGUGUCAGCCUGAAAAGUUUGCUCUUGGAGCUGGUUGGAUUCCUUGUGGUUUUACGGUACCAGAGUUAUUACAGCUACCCUCUGCUGACCUACCUGGAGUACCCAGUCAUCAUUGCACAAGAUAUCGUCCUCUUGCUAUGUGUUUUUCAUUAUAAUGGAAACAUGAAGCAGGCCGUCCCAUAUAUUGCCAUAUUUCUGGGUGGAUGGUACCUCUUGACUCUUCAAAAGUGGAUAAUAGACUUGGCAAUGAAUUUGUGCACCUUUAUUAGCGCUGCCAGCAAGUUUGCCCAGCUCCAGUACUUGUGGGAGGCAAGGGACUCUGGUGCAGUGAGUGCCCUGACCUGGACCAUGUCUUCAUAUACUUGUGCAACAAGAGUAAUAACAACUUUAAUGACCACACAAGAUCUUAUGGUUCUUGUCCGUUUCCUGAUCAUGCUGGCUCUGAAUAUAUGGGUAACAGCUACAGUACUUCACUAUAGGAAAACAGCUACAAAGGCUCAAUAACAGAGCAUCCCCAGAAUGAAAUAUAGCUCAAACUGGACCAGAAGAGAAUUAACUUAUUUUCUCCAGCAUGAGUGAAGCAAGGUCAUUUGGAUAUUAAAAUCAGUAUGAUAAUGGAAAUGUGGCAACCUUACUAUCUAAACACCUUUUUCUGCUUUUCAGCUUGAAGCUAGAAUGUAUGUGCUGUUCCCAUUUUUCCUGUGGUGCAAGCUAUUUGAACAGGGAGAGCUGGAGUUGUAUCCCAAAGAUUUCAGAUUGUUGAGAACCAGAAAGGAUCUUAUUAGUUAUCUAGUCCAAAUCUGUCUUUUUACAGAGAAACUGUAGGGGGACAAAAAGUCACUUAAGAUAUAUACUGACUCCUUGGCCAUCAUUCUUUCCAUUAUAGCACUUUAAGCUCAAAUUGUUUGUCAUUAAAAAUCUCACUGUGCCUUGGUCAUUUCCUAAAGGAUGAUGAGAUUAUAGUUGCAGUUACACAUGGCAAUUCCAUUAUGGUGUCUGGUUUCACAUAAGGCCUCCAUUAUUGGAAGGGACAUUUUACACAAUUAUCUUCACUGGAUUUUGAAACUAACAUAGCUGGGUAAGACCAGUUUUUUUGAAAACAAAUACAUGCACUGUGGGCUCAUAAGAUUUAGGUGGAAAGGACCCUUCAUUUUACAAUCUAGAAAAGGGCAUUGAUUUAACCAAAGAUAGAAGAACUAAUAAGGAAUUUGUUGAUCCCAUAGUUUCAGUGAAGAUAAAGCUCAGGGGAAGAUAAAUGAUUGGCCCAAGGGGUAGAAUGAGUAUUAGAAUACAGGCCAUACUAAAUCACAAGGGGUUAAUGACGGGUUCAAGUAUUUGAACAUGAGCUUUCUACUAUAUCCAUAGCUGCCAUUUUGGCAUAAUUCCCAUAUAUUAUACCUUUCCUUCUUAUUUGACCCUAUAAUUAAGUAAAAUAUGUGGAAGUGAAGUGUGAACUUUUCUCAUUGCUUUUAACUGCUUGUCUGCAUGCAAAUUUGGUUUUUUUAAAAAAAGGUUUAAAUUUAAUUAGCGUGUAAAAUAAACAUUCAUACUUUGAACAUUG